AUGCUUGCAGAAAGAUUAAUCAGAAAAGAAGAUUGGAGCCGCUAUGUACAUACAGAAGACAGAGAUCUUGAAGGCAUCAAGUUUGGAAUACCAUCAGAAAAGAAAAAUAGGAUGCCAGAUCCAUUAAUACAAGCAACGAGAAUGGGCAACAGUGAGGUAGCUCUGGAAAUCCUGAGAGUCUACCCUGAAGCUGCGUAUACUUUCGAUGAAAAAGGAAGGAAUAUACUGCAAAUUGCAGUGGAGGAGAAAAAAAGGUUCUUGUAUGACUACUUGAUGACUAGUGGUAUUGACAAGGAUAGGAUGCUAAGUGAUACUGAUCACGAAGGAAAUAGCAUUAUACAUCUCGCAGCAAGUCUGGGAUCCCCUCCCAGCACUCCCCCUGGUCGAGUGCAGUAUGACUCUUAUCCAUAUCUCUGGCAACUACAAAAGUCUGAGGGGAAGACAACAGCACAAGUAUUUGAGACGAACCAUGCGAGUGUACACGAAAAGGCUGAGAAAACUAUGAAGGAAAUGGCCAACAGUGUGUUGAUUGUGUUUGUCCUCAUUGGUACCAUUAACUUUGCUGCAGUUUUUACUGUCCCUGGAGGUUUCAAUCAAGACAGUGGAGACCCCGUUUAUCUCAAGAACCGGCACUCGAAUUCGGCUUGUUGUUGUUCUACUUUGCUGGAGGGCUGUUCUCCUCUGUUCACCAUGGGGACUCUGCUUGCGAUUAUCUUUUUGCGAUUUGCAACUGAAGGUUUUUAUGCUGCCCUGUCCUUCAAGUACGUAGUCACCACAAUUGCCAUGUUCUACUCCCGCGGGCUUCACAAUCGUAGCAUGUUGCCAAGCAUAUAUAGUGGAGAAUGUUGUGCUCUUGCUUUCUUAUGUUUUGAUGGCCCUUGUGUUCCUGGAUACAUCAUAUCUGAUGUUGGACUACAUGUAGUUUCAAAUAUUGCUAUUGCUAUUGCUUGGUAG